AUGCCUUCGAGGACAGGUUCACACAGGCCGGCUGGCAUCGGCAAGAGUCUAUCGGAGCGGGGACUGCUCCUGCUGAUAGUUUUGGUGCUACUGGAGGGCUCCGUGCUUCCACUCGGAGCUGCCAGCUCUCCGGAUAUCAGCCACAAGGAAGAUUUGGACAAGCACAAAGUGCCGGAGGAAAAUUACACUAAAAAGGCAUUCCCUGUGCUCGACCUCGAUUACCAUCACGUACAUACCCCCUUUGAAGUCUCAUUAUGGGUGCUUCUGGCGUCGUUAAUGAAAUUAGGGUUCCACCUGAUUCCUCGUCUGUCCGGUAUUGUGCCAGAGAGCUGCCUGUUGAUUACCGUGGGCCUGCUGGUGGGGGGGCUCAUCAAACUAGCUGGAGAAAAAGUCCCCCCAGUGCUGGACUCCAAAUUGUUCUUCCUCUGCCUGCUGCCGCCCAUCAUCCUCGAUGCUGGCUACUUCCUGCCCAUCCGUCCCUUCAUGGAGAACCUGGGCACGAUCCUGAUGUUUGCCGUCGUGGGGACCUUGUGGAACGCCUUCUUCGUCGGGGGUCUGCUGUACGCUGUGUGUCAGAUCCAGCCGGCCAAUCCAUCUAUCCUCCACAAUAUAGAGCUCCUGCCCUGUCUGCUGUUCGGCUCCAUCGUCUCCGCUGUGGAUCCUGUUGCUGUGCUAGCUGUGUUUGAGGAGAUCCACAUCAAUGAACUGUUGCACAUCCUGGUGUUUGGGGAAUCGCUGCUCAACGACGCUGUCACUGUGGUGUUAUACCACCUGUUUGAGGAGUAUUCAGGUGCUGGCACAGUGUCUGUGCUGGACUGUGUCCUGGGAGUCAUCUCCUUCCUGGUGGUUUCAAUAGGUGGCGUUCUAGUGGGAGCUUUCUAUGGGAUCCUGACCGCCUUCACCUCACGCUUCACCUCCCACACGCGUGUCAUAGAGCCACUUUUUGUCUUUGUGUACAGCUACAUGGCCUACCUGUCAGCUGAGAUGUUCCACCUCUCUGGUAUCAUGGCGUUAAUAGCAUGUGGAGCGGUGAUGCGACCCUAUGUGGAGGCCAACAUAUCCCACAAGUCCCACACCACCAUCAAGUACUUCCUGAAAAUGUGGAGCAGCGUCAGCGAGACUCUUAUCUUCAUCUUUCUCGGUGUGGCCACGGUGGACGGACCUCACGCCUGGGACUGGACCUUCGUCACCGUCACUGUCAUUCUGUGUCUGGUGUCACGGGUCAUAGGUGUGAUUGGUCUGACCUAUGUGAUCAACAAGUUCCGCAUCGUCAAGCUGACGACCAAGGACCAAUUCAUUGUGGCCUACGGUGGCCUGCGAGGUGCCAUCGCCUUCUCUCUUGGCUUCCUGCUGGACGAGAACCUCUUUCCCAUGAGAAAGAUGUUCCUUACGGCCAUCAUCACCGUCAUCUUCUUCACUGUCUUUGUUCAGGGCAUGACCAUCAAACCCCUGGUGGAGCUGCUGGCAGUGAAGAAGAAACAGGAGGCCAAGCGCACGAUUAAUGAGGAAAUCCACACCCAGUUCCUCGACCAUCUACUGACUGGAAUCGAGGACAUUUGUGGACACUAUGGACACCACCACUGGAAGGACAAACUGAACCGCUUCAACAAGAAGUAUGUGAAGAAGUGCCUGAUUGCAGGCGAACGCUCCAGGGAGCCACAGCUCAUCGCCUUCUACCACAAGAUGGAGUUUAAACAGGCCAUCGAGCUGGUGGAGAGCGGAGGGGGAAUCAAGCUGCCAUCUGCUGUGCCUUCCACAGUUUCCAUGCAGAACAUCCAGCCCAAGAAGCCUCCAACUGCCAAGCCUGCAGAGAGAGUGCUGCCGCAGCUGCCUAAAGGACGAGAAGAGGAGAUCAGGAAGAUCCUCAGGAGUAACCUUCAGAGGACACGAAUGAGGCUGCGCUCCUACAACAGACACACUCUGGUGGCUGAUCCGUUCGAGGAUGGUUUUGGGGACCUUCUCAUGAAGAAGCAAAAGAUGAUCGAGCUGGAGAAGAAGAUACAUGACAUGAAUAACUACCUGACGGUGCCUGCUGCUCCCCCUGACUCCCCGACCAUGUGUAGAGCCAGGCUGGCCUCAGGCAAAGAUACAGAUUUCAAACCCGCUCAGCAGCAUAAAGGGAACACAAUCUGUCCAGACCCACAAGCCUACAGCAUGAAGCCGACGUCAGACAGCGUGCCGACCAUCCACGUAGACCUGGCCUCUCCUCAGUCUCCAGACUCUGUCAACGUGAUGGAUGAGUUCAAACGGGCCAGCAAGAAGCGGGACGAAGAGGACCAGGGCCUGAUGAUGAGGCCUUCGACAGGCCUCAGACAUGCAGGUGAGGCAGAUGGUGGCAAAGAACAGCAGAAGCUGACGAGGUGCCUGAGCGACCCCGGCCCCAGCGCCGACGAGGAGGAGGACGAACCCUUCCUGCCUUGAUAUGGCAGACUGGACAUGGAGGGGUCGGGCUGCACCGGAGGAGAGAAGGCAGCUUCGAUGCUCUCCUCUAAAAUAUCUCUUUUGGUUCAGAAACCAAACAAGCCAAAACUGCUAAUGCUGUACGAAACCAGACACAAAAAGCAAAAGGAGAUUGUCUGAGGAGAGAGAGAGAGAGAGAAAAAAGAGCCAUUUGUUUCUUAUUAUCAUUGCUCUUUUAUUUUUUUAACACCGGAUCAGAACCGCUGCUAUCUGAGAGAUGGUGGAGUUUAUGGUUGAUAGUCUGAGACAUUCGGGAAAGAACUAUGCAUUACCAAAGGUUUGGACUGUUUUAGUGUCAGAUGAUGUCAUUUUAGUUUUAGUGUCAGACUGUUUUUCUUUUUGAAUGACAGGAUCAGCUGUUGGUUUUUAAGGUUUGUUCACGGUCUGUAAAACUACCUUACUUUGCGAACAUGCCGGGCCUAAAUGUAAUCGUCGAAGCAAACUGCUUCAAUCCAGUUUUCUUUUUCAAUCAUGACACUUUCAGAGUGUCGCUAGUUUGAAAUAUUUGGCCUUAUUUUUAUGUCAAACCUCUUCACUCGGUGCAUUUUUAUCUUUUUGUUUCAUUUUGUUUUUUUAAAUUAAUGUCAGGGGUGUUAACAUCUGUUAGAAAUCAGUUUGUUAUCAGUGUGCGUAGUUGUGCUUCCACACACAGCUGUUGUCUUAUGGCUGUGGAGGGAGACGCGUGGACACUAAGACUCCUUCGUGUUUUCUAAAGGAGUUUGGACCUACAAGCGUCGUGUUUGGGAAGACGGGGAGCAUUUGUAGAUGUUUUAUGUUUUACCUCAAUUGUAGAACACCCUUUAAAGCUCACUUAAUUAGGGCUCAAGUAGUUAUUGGUAGAUGCAGCUCUUAAUGUUGAUGCGAUAAAUAAGUGGCCAUCUAACGGUCACACUUCUCAUACUUUAAACUUUAA